AUAAUAACAAAAACUAGAUUUUAGUAAAUAAUAAAUUUUUAAAUAAAAUAAUUUUAUAAUGAAUAAUAUAAAUUAUCCAACUCACGAAAAAAUUAUAGAAGUUGUUGAUAAAUUACAAAAUGAAGCAAUAGAAAAGUUAAAGCAAUUGGUAUCGUUCGAUUCUUUAUUAGGAAAUGAAAAGGAUGCACAAAUGUAUAUUGAUGAAGUGUUCAAAUCAUUGGAUUUAAAGGUAGAUAGAUUCGAAAUCGAUUUAGAACAAAUAAAAAAUUUACCAGGAUUUUCACCAGUUAAUUGGUCAUAUGAGGGCAAAGAGAAUGUUAUUGGAAUUCAUGAACCACAACCAAGCGAACAUGCAUCAAAGCCAAAAGAUCAAAGAAAGUCAUUGAUUUUUAAUGGACAUAUUGAUGUUGUCCCAACUGGCCGUGAUUCAUUAUGGAGUCAAAACCCAUUUUCACCAUAUGUUAAAGAUGGCAGAUUAUAUGGCAGAGGUAGUGGUGAUAUGAAAGCCGGCAUCAUUGCAUUCAUCAUUGCAUAUAAAGCUAUUAGAGAAUUAGGUUUUGCUCCAGCUGCUAAGGUAUUAUUGCAAACUGUUGUAGAAGAAGAGUGUACCGGUAAUGGCACAUUGGCUUGCUUGGCUCGUGGCUAUAAGGCUGAUGCAGCUAUUAUUCCAGAACCAUUCCCAGAAAUUAUCACUGCUCAAGUUGGUUUAGUUUGGUGUAAAGUUAAUGUUCGUGGCCGUCCAGCUCAUGUUUUAGAAAUGACCAGUGGUAUUAAUGCUAUCGAUGGUGCAAUGUUCAUUGUUGGUGAAUUAAGAAAGCUUGAAGAAAAAUGGAAUCAAACAAAACAUGAUGGUUUCUCAAGCAAAUUCCCACAUCCAUUAAACUUUAAUCUUGGUAUGAUUAAUGGUGGUGAAUGGACUUCAUCGGUUCCAUGUGAAUGUAAUUUUGACCUCAGAGCUGGUUUUUAUCCAGGUGUAGACUUAAAAUAUGUCAGAGAACAAUUAACAGCAACCAUUGAGGGUGCUGCAAAAGAAAAAGGUUUACCAGUCACCAUUGAGUGGAACGGUUUCCAAGCUGAAGGUUGUCUUCACGACAAAGAGGGUGAAAUGAUGAAGCAAUUAGGCGAAACUUAUAAAAGUGCACUUAAAAGAGAUGCUGUUUAUUCACCAGUACUUUGUACUACUGACUCAAGAUUUUUUGAACUUUAUUAUGGUGUCCCAGCAACAUGUUUUGGUCCAGAAUCUAAAUAUAUUCAUGGUAUCGAUGAAAGUGUUAGUUUAGAAAGUUUAAGAGAUGUCACAAGAGUUUUAGCAUGCUUCAUCUCUGAUUGGUGCGGUCUCCAACCACUUCAUUAAUAUAUAAAUAAAAUAAAAAAAAAAUAAUUAAAAUAAAACAAAUAAAAUAAAAAUAAAAAGUAAAAUGUCAUUAUAAAGUA